CCAGUGCUGGCUUGGCGGAGAACGUGUGGGCUAAUUUCUGUGUUGAAAAUCUGCUAAAGGUCGAGGAUGGCACAUUCCUUGAGAAAUACGUUAAAAUUGACUAGAAAUUUGCGACAGCUUCCGGCUAGGGGCCUUAGCGGUUCGUCAACCUCAGACUGGGUCCCGAAAGAUCCCGAAACCCACACUGGACAGCACUGGGAGAAGGAUGACUACCGCCUGGCUCGGUUCAUCAACACACCAAAACAGAUCAACAAGAACUUUGCGAUCGACUUGAUCAAGGAAGUCCCUCCCAAAGCGGUGAACGAACGACUCGUCUGGUGUGACGGUGGGGAUGGUGCUCUGGGACACCCGAAGGUGUACAUCAAUCUGGACAAGCCAGGCAACCAUGCCUGUGGCUACUGCGGCCUCAGGUAUUACAAGAGCGAUCAUCACUGAGAAGGAGAAAGUGGGCAAGAUAAAAAAAAAGAUAGAGAAUCACACGUCUGUAUAGUUAGGGGAGAAAUAAAGCGUUCACGUCUGUAA